AAGAAGAAAGUCUCUUUUGACCGCCUCCAACACCAUCACCGCCUCUCUCCUUCUUCUCUUCUUCCUCCUUUCUUCUCCUUCUCUUCCUCUCCAGAGAUCCCAUCUUCUAUCCUCUUAUGAAUUAGAUAUUGAUAUAAAUAUCAUCAAAGACUAUUGCCUAUGACAUUUCUCAUGAUUGUUUCUCCGAAACAUCUAAUGAAGGUUUGCUAAUAAUCGCUAGAAUCAAAUGGGUGUCUGCUUCUCCACCAUCAAAGUCAGUGGUUCUAACAGCAACAGCACCACUACCGCCAUAGCUGGCCACCGCAAGGGAAGCACCAAUAAGCCACAAUCAAGAACCACGAAUAAACGAUCGUCGGAUCAAAAGAAUGAUAACAACAAUAAUAAUAAAAAUGAGACUCGCAAGAGUAGACAACUGCAAACUCAGCAGCAGCAUAAGGUGAAAGAGAAGCAGACUUCCAGGAGACAGAGCGGGGUGAUCCCAUGUGGUAAACGCACGGAUUUUGGAUAUGCCAAGGAUUUUGAUAGGCGAUACGUGAUCGGAAAAUUAUUGGGUCAUGGCCAAUUUGGUUACACCUAUGUUGCCACUGAUAAAGCUAGUGGAGAUCGCGUCGCAGUCAAGAGGAUUGACAAAAAUAAGAUGCUUCUUCCUAUUGCUGUUGAGGAUGUUAAGAGGGAGGUCAGGAUAUUGCGGGAACUUGCUGGUCAUGAGAAUGUAGUUCAGUUUUAUGACGCAUUUGAGGAUGAUUCUUAUGUAUAUAUAGUAAUGGAGUUAUGUGAGGGUGGUGAAUUGCUGGACCGCAUAUUGGCAAAGAAGGAUAGUCGUUAUACUGAGAAAGAUGCAGCAGUAGUCGUACGACAGAUGCUCAAAGUUGCAGCUGAGUGCCAUUUACAUGGUUUGGUACACCGUGACAUGAAACCAGAGAAUUUUCUUUUCAAGUCAGCCAAGGAGAACUCACCUCUGAAGGCAACAGAUUUUGGCCUAUCAGACUUCAUUAAACCAGGCAAGAAGUUUCAGGACAUUGUUGGCAGUGCCUACUAUGUAGCCCCUGAAGUAUUAAAGCGCAGGUCCGGACCUGAAUCUGAUGUCUGGAGUAUUGGUGUUAUUACAUACAUUUUGCUAUGUGGGAGGCGCCCUUUUUGGGAUAAGACUGAGGAUGGUAUAUUUAAAGAGGUCUUGAGGAAUAAACCUGAUUUUCGCCGCAAACCAUGGCCAAGCAUAAGUAAUAGUGCCAAAGAUUUUGUAAAGAAGUUACUGGUGAAGGAUCCUCGGGUCAGACUUACUGCUGCUCAGGCCCUAUCACAUCCAUGGGUCAGAGAAGGAGGAGAUGCAUCUGAAAUUCCCAUCGACAUAUCUGUUCUGAGUAAUAUGCGACGAUUUGUGAAGUACAGUCGUUUGAAACAGUUUGCUCUAAGGGCGUUGGCUAGCACACUUGAUGAUGGGGAGCUGGCUGAUCUUCGGGAUCAAUUUGACGCCAUUGAUGUUGAUAAAAAUGGUUCUAUUAGUCUUGAAGAGAUGAGACAGGCACUUGCUAAAGACCUUCCUUGGAAGUUGAAGGACUCCCGUGUCCUGGAGAUUCUUCAAGCGAUUGACAGUAAUACAGAUGGACUUGUUGAUUUCUCUGAGUUUGUUGCUGCCGCUCUACAUGUGCAUCAACUAGAGGAACACAAUUCUGAGAAGUGGCAUCAGCGUUCACAAACUGCUUUUGAGAAAUUUGAUCUUGAUAAGGAUGGAUAUAUAACACCAGAAGAACUAAGAAUGCACACGGGCUUAAAAGGCUCCAUUGACCCACUUCUUGAGGAGGCUGAUAUUGAUAAAGAUGGUAAAAUAAGCCUUUCAGAAUUUCGUAGGCUGCUAAGAACAGCAAGUAUUGGUUCAAGAAAUGCACCGAGUCCAUCUGGUCAUCGAAAUUCUCAGAAAAUUUAGAGGAGAAAUGGAAUUUUGAAGGAGACAAGUGAGAGAGUUACAGAAGCAGAGUUGCCUUUCACAUAAGUUCUACUCAAAGAUUGCAGUUACAAAGAGUUCUGGAUUGAUUAUCUCGCUCCAUUAACAUCCAUUUACCUCUGUUGAAUUCUUAAGUUUUCAAUGGUAGGAUUCCCCAUAGGAUGCUUGUUAAGAGGAUGUAUCAUAUUAAGGGGAGAGGUGUUGGUUCUCUAUGGAGGAUGGCUCUGCGGGUGGUGGUCAUGCUGUUGUACAUUAUUUUGGAGUGUUGGGGACUUUCUUUGUCGUGCCCUGCGAAUUGUAAUACCUAACCACAAAUAAAAUACCAUUGAACGUUGGUGUUUUUAGAGAUC